ACCAGCUGGUGAAAACAUAAGAAGUAAACACAGGUUAUUUAUUAUUGUGUAGUACAGUAAACCAACAACGUUUCUCACAAUUAAGACAAAUAGUUCGCUGUAAAUCGAACGCGUUUGUAGUUGAACUUGAACGUACUUCUAAACCGAUCCGACUUCAAUGUCGGUCGGUGGCUUCUUCGAUAACCUUUGCUUGUUCAUAGUCGACUUGUGUGUGACUUCAAAAGUUCGCUUUCGUCUAUUAGCUGGCUAACUUGUUAGCUCUAGCUAUCUAGAUAGAGUAAAUCAGCCUGUUUGAAACCAGCUCAACUAGUCUAGCCAUUCUAUAGGUAUCUAUCAAGAUCUAGUUGUCCUACGUGGAUGUAAACCCCAUACGGACGUCAGUGUAUGUGACCAGGGGUUACUAUCCAGUAAUGUGAGGUAGAAGGAUUGUCCAGUAAUGGCUGAUGAUGGCAAACUGAGCACGAUGGGUGGACCUGCCGGCUCAUCAAGCAACUGUGGCCGUCAGACGUACCGUAGCAGUGUCCACUCUCGCAGUCUCUUGGACGGCCUGCUUGCCUUGAGGGAGAACGGUAUCCUAUUUGACGUGGUGCUACUGGUAGAGGGCAAGCCCAUCAAAGCCCAUCGCAUUCUCCUGGCAGCGUCAUGUGACUACUUCCGAGGCAUGUUUGCCGGAGGCCUCAGAGAAACUCAACAGACCGACAUCCCAGUACACGGGGUGACGUUCGUAGCCAUGACCAAGCUUCUGGACUUCAUCUACACGUCUGAGCUGGAGCUGGACUUGGAGAACGUGCAGGAGGUCCUGUGUGCCGCCACUCUCAUGCAGAUCGAAGACGUGAUUGGCUUCUGCUGUGACUUCCUCUUCUCUUGGUUGGACGACAGCAACAUCCUGGAGGUGGACAAGCUGGCGGACAUUUACAGCUUGCGACAGCUGGGGGCCAAGGUGCACUCCUACAUCCUCCACAACAUCCAGACCUUCUCUCGCACCGAGGUGUACCGCCAGCUGCCCCCAGAGAAGGUGUUCAGCGUGCUGUGCAGCAACGAGCUGGAGGUGGCCUCGGAGAACGAGGUGUACGAGGCAGCUCUGCACUACCACUACAGCCCGGAGCAGGUGGAGACGGACCAGGUGUGCUUGCAGGACGAUCUGAAGAUGCUGGAGGCGGUGCGGUUCUGCCUGAUGGAGGAGCAGGUUCUGCAGAGGCUCUCGGGCCGUCUGAGCGACUGUCCCCUCAAGGAGUCUGUGACGGCUGCCCUGCGCUACCACGAGCAGGAGGUGUGGCAGCCCGUCCUCCAGGGCCCCCUCACCCAGCCCCGUUCCAGCUUCCACUGCCUCCUGGCCUUCGGCGGCAUGUUCUCCUCCGGCUCCCUCACCGAAAGCGAGGACCUGUUCCAGGUUUACCACCCCAGCUGGUGCGAGUGGAGGUCCCUGGCGGCGGCCCAGGCCCCUCACAUGUCCAACCAGGGCAUCGCCGUGCUCAACAACUUCGUCUAUCUCAUCGGAGGCGACAAAAACACUGGUGGUUUCCGGGCGGAGACUCGAUGCUGGAGAUACGACCCUCGCCACAACAACUGGUGCUCCAUCAAACCCCUGCUGCAGCAGCACGCCGACCACUGUGUGUGUGUGGCCGGCGGGCACAUCUACGCCAUCGGCGGACGCGACUACAGCAGCGAGCUGGAGAGCGUGGAGCGCUACGACCCCCACACCAACACCUGGGAGUACGUGGCCGCCCUCCGGAGAGAGGUGUACGCCCACGCGGGUGCCGUGGUGGACGACAGGAUCUAUAUAACGUGCGGGCGGAGGGGCUCGGCCUACCUGAAGGAGACCUACUGCUACGACCCGCAGGCCAAUCAGUGGGCGGCGUGCGCCGAGGGCCCUGUGGAGCGGGCGUGGCACGGCAUGGCAUCGGCCAAGGGCCGGGCCUACGUCAUCGGAGGGAGCAACGAUGAACAUGGCUACAGGAGAGACGUCCUCAAGGUGGCGAGCUACAGCCCCGGGGCUAACUCCUGGUCCGUGGUGAGCCCGCUCCAAUCGGGCCACGGAGAGCCUGGCGUGGCCGUUCUGGACGACCGCAUCUACGUCCUGGGCGGGCGCUCGCACAACCGCGGCAACCGCAUGAAGUACGUCCACGUGUACGACGUGGACGAGGACCUGUGGGAGAGCGGCACGGCGUUCGAGGACCGCGUGUCGGGCCUGGCGGCGUGCGUGGCCCUCCUCCCCCGCCACGUCCUCCACCAGGCCAAGAACUGGGAGCAGCGCACCAAGGCGUCCUGGGAAGAGGUGGACCUGGACAACUCGGAGGAGUCCACGGACUACGAGGACUGACGAUCCUCCCCCCUCGGAGGUGACGGGGUGAGGCUGGCCGGGCGGUGACGCUGGUCUCUCCACGGGAGGUUGAGGGUCCUCAGAGCGUCAGGGUGUUCCGUGUGUUGGCAUGUGACGGUGACGGUAGGCUUUCGAUGCUUGGUUUUUUGUUUUGUUUUUUCUUCUUCAUGGACUGGUGAGGGGAGGAUGGGUUCUGCCCCUGCAUGCGAGCCAGUUUGAGACCAGAGUGCUUCUGAACCAGGGUGGUUAUCAAGGCCUUCUGCCCUUUUCCUCUGUGUGUGUUUGUGUCACCCCAACGUUUUGUCCAUCAAGCCUGUCCUGAGUUUUAAGUUUGUGGGUAUGUCCCUUUUGAAAAAAAAAACGUAAGGGAUGUUAUUUAUGCUGGUCCAUUCUUGGCACUCUCCUGGCUUUCUCAGCGCACUGUUGCCGCCGCAGAGCUGAGAACAGAAAGAUCUGUUUUGGAAGCACAUAGAGAAUCGGAACAGUUUUGUUUCUUGAAGAGAAAUCCUGAUAACGAUGCAGUGCUCUCUCAUGUCGGCGUAAGUCAUCUUGCUCUAAUGAGAUACAGCGCUGGCAUUGGCUAUGCAAGAACACUUUUUUUUUUUACGGGUUGGUAUCCUUUUAAUAUCUUUUAUUUUGUUUUAGUGUGUGAUUUAUUUGUUUGGGACUGGUGAUAAGAAGUUUGGGUCAACAACAAAAAAAAGGAUAUUAUUUUCCUGUUUUUUGAUUUGUUUUAACAAUUCAUUAAUAUUGUUUAGGUGUGAUGUUAUACUUCAUGUUGCAAUACUGUGGUAAAAAUGCUUAGCAUUCAAGCCUUAAUCAAGAAUUUGAUUGUCCAGCUUUAAAGUAAUAAUGUUUGUUUACUGAUUGGGCCUGGCAACUUCAGGAUCCGCAUGCUUUAAGACAGGGUUCUCCAAUCCUGGUCCUAAAACAUGCAGGACAGCGGCCCUCGAGGACCAGGGUUGGAGAACCCUGCUUGAAGAUGAUCUCAUGCACUUUGGAGGGUUCAUUCGUCUUGCCUUGUUUCAUCAUUCACAUCGACAAGCAAAAACAUUUGCUUUUGUUUGUUCUUGGUGGUGUGCCUCCUCUAUCUCCUCUAUUAUAAAAAAAAGGUCAUUUGUAAUGUAGAAAAGAGUGUUGCAGGAGUUUGAGAUAUUUUGUAUGAUGCGGUUCGAAACACGGCAGCAGGUUGUAUUUGGUGUCCCACCAGACAUAUCUGGAAAGAAUAUAAGACUCUGUUCUGCAAAUCACAAGUAACAUGACCACUGUUUACAAUACACCUAUAAGACGUACUAUGUCUCUAAUAAAGAACAUUAUAAUACUUUU